AUGGGGCCCUUUAUCUUCUACCUCUUCUUCGUUUCGGUACUGGCGACCGUGACUGUUCAGCCCUCUAACAAUUCCCUGGAUCUAUCCGCGUAUUCCAACGACCAUUUUCGUCUCGUCGCCUUUGGUUCCCUGAACGGUCAAACCCUUAUCCCGUUGACCAAGUCGCUUCUCCAGUUGAACGAGACCGAGAAGAAGGUAAAUGAACAGCUGAAAUACCUCGCCCCCAAAUUCCUCAAUUCCUCCCCCUCUGCUUUCCACGUAUCAGGCAACUUGACCAAAGUCGUUGCGGAAGAUUCGGUUGGGCUGAAUUCCUCUUCAAUCGCCUGCAUUCCUUGUGAUUCAGCCGAUUACCCCGGACCCUUGAAGGCGGCGAGCACUAUCAAUACUGUUGACUCAACCACCAAUCCACCAGGGGCAAUUAUCCUAUAUAGUGAAUCCUCUACUCAUUGUAACUUCUCGUCGGAUGACGCGGCUGAGUCUACCUUUGAUUCCAAUACCACCUCAGCGACUAUCAGCGGUAUGUCGACCAUUCAAACAGGGGUCGAUACCACUGAUACCAACAACUCCAACUCUAAUGGGGAUAGUCCCAAUACUGCUAUGAUUAUUCUGUACAGUAUUACAGGUAUAAUCACUGCUCUAUUCCUAGGUAUUAUCAUAACAGGUGCUGUGCGUGCCCAUCGCCAUCCUGAGCGAUAUGGUCCUCGUCGGGUAGCCGGACGUGUCAGGCAAAGUAGGGCGAGAGGUAUAGCCCGGGCAAUGCUGGAUGGAAUCCCCAUUGUCAAGUUUGGCGAUCAGCCGGGAGACGUUGAGGCCGCGAAAAGAGAUGUGGAAUUGGCCAAUGCGGAGCAAGAUGGUCGUGAACACUCUCCGUCGCGUUCCGAGGAGAUGGCCGAUGUCGGCGACACCACUCGUGAAACUGAGCAACUCUCCAUGACUGAUGGCGCUGAGCAGCCUAUUACUGCAGCGCCCGGUCCAAAGGCCGAUCCUACCCCAGAAGCGGGUAACUUCUCGUGUCCUAUCUGCACGGAUGACUUUAUUAAGGGUCAAGAUCUGCGUGUCCUGCCAUGCGCCCAUCAAUUCCAUCCAGAGUGUAUCGAUCCCUGGCUGGUGAAUGUUUCGGGCACCUGUCCUCUUUGUCGUAUCGACCUCAAUCCACCCAAGGAAGAGGAUAACGCUGAACAUGAGGGCGACAAUGCUGAGCAUAACGAGGAAAAUGCGGCCGAAGAAGCCACCACUCCAACCGUGGAUGCUACACCACACCGUCACUCUCACCACCGUUUAACCAACUACCUCAAUGCCCGGCGAAUGCGCAAUGCCACCGUUGAGGAGCGACUUGCAGCCCUCCGGCACGUCCGGGAAGCCAAUCAAGACGAUGUCGCGAACAACGUGGCAUCCACCCCGAAUCGAAAUCGUCUCAGCAUGAGAUUGCGCGAGCGAUUCCGCAUUCGCACUCGUCGCCACGGUAUUGAGACCGCUAGUCCUGGUGAAAGUGGCAUGAGCACACCUAGCGUUGUCGCUACAACCCCAACUAUCCCUGCGCCUGCGCAUAUCACCGACAGUACUACGGAUGUGACUGAAUUGCCAACCAAUUCCCACCCUUGA